AUGGCCCUCAUCGAGGUUAUCGCAAACGAUCGGUUGGGACGCAAAGUUCGAGUCAAGUGUAGCCCAGACGACACUGUGGGUGACCUGAAGAAACUCAUCGCCGCGCAAACGGGUACCGAUUCUUCCAAGAUCCAACUUAAGAAAUGGUAUACGAUUUAUAAAGACCAUAUAACAUUGUCGGAUUAUGAGAUCCAUGAUGGCAUGAGCUUGGAAAUGUAUUAG